CUUGGGUUGAAACCUAUAGCCGUAGGAAGCCAUGGCGAGCAAAAAGACUCGCUUUGGGAAUUUCUUUCGCUUCCUUUCACCGGGGUCUCCCUCGCGGCCUCCAUCACCUCCCAUAAGAUACCCCGAUUUCGACGGGAACGAGAGCCAGUCUCAACUGACGAGGGACUAUGAAGGACAAGAAGCAACGGCACAUCUACCUUCACCUCAAAUAUCCUCUGCUCUUGUCCCUGCCCGUCCUACAGCACUUCUUCCGAUCUCUACUUCGCCAAUGUAUCGUGAACAAGGAUACCAAGAGAAAUCAUAUUCUGCUCAGCAAACAUAUCCACUUCAGCAACAAUGUCAUGCGGAGAGAAGACAUCGCGCUCAGCAAUCCUACGCUUCUCAGCAAACAUACCGACAUCAUCCAACAAAUCCUGCCUAUUCAACCUCGGUACCAACAGCAUACGGCCAUGUUUGCCAGCUCUGCGUUGCCACAGAACGGUUUGCCAUCCGGCCAACUCGUUGUCCAUUCACAGGCGAGCAAAUCGGACUCCCAAACCCGCAGCAGGGCCCACGUUUUGCGACUAAAUCAUCAAUGUAUCGGUCACAACGGUCUCAUUUUGAGCCAGUCGAGUUUGUGGACGUACAGGCAGGAGAGGGAGACGACGAGAUCACGGAACAUGAGUUUAAUGGGGAAGAUUGGACUAGGCACACUUCGAGGGAGGAGCAUGUGGAGUAUAUCGGUGAUCGGAGGAGGAGAAUGAUAGAAGAUUGGAUGGAUAGGUAUAUUUAUGAGAGAUGUCCUGGAUGGGGAGAUCAAGCCCACCUUGAUGUCUGGCGGCGGUCGAGGUGGCAAGAGGGCCGAGGUUACGAAGGCAUGAGUGAAACUGAUGAAGCGAGUGAGGCUGAUGCCUGGAGGAUGUUGGAUGAAGUGUGGAGAGUAUGA